AUGACUACUGGCAAAAACUCUGUUCAAGGUGUGUUCACCUACCAGGUGCUAACUGCAAUUUUGGAUGAGGAGGUUACCACCUCAUACCCAAGGAUAAGUACAACUACAUUGUUUCGUAUCAGGGCAUACCGCUUUGUCCAAGUUGUAAUAUUUGCAAUCAAUGAAAUAAACCAUAAUAAGAAGCUAUUACCAAACAUUACACUUGGAUUCAGCCUCUACGAUGGCUGCUUUUCUGAACCCAGGGCCCUAGACAGAACUAUCCAUCUACUAUCAGGGCAUCAACAGGCUGUUCCUAACUAUAGUUGUCACUCAGGUUCAUUAAUACCUGGAUUUAUUGGAGAUGAACCAUCACAGUCUGCUAUUCCCAUGGCUAGAAUCCUAGGAAUUUAUAGGUAUCCACAGAUAAGCUUUGGUGCAGCUCGUGCUGUGCUCAGUGAUAAGAUUCAGUUCCCUUCUUUCUUGCGUACUGUUGCCCCUGAUAUAAAUCAGGCCCGUGGUAUGGCUAACAUGAUGAGAUACUUUGGAUGGAACUGGGUAGGAUUCAUUGGUGCAGGUACUGACAGUAAUCUAGAGUCCCUUAUGAAUUUAAAGGGUGAGCUUUUGAAAACUGGUACAUGCACUGAGUUUCUUGAAGUUCUUUCUAUAGAAAAUAUCCAUAGCAGUGUCCUACGGAUAGCUGACACAAUCCAGAAAUCAACAGCAAAAAUCAUUUUAAACUAUGCAACUGUGCAGUAUGCAAUCCCUGUCAUUGAAGAGGCUGCCAACCAAAAUGUUACAGGCAAAGUUUGGAUUACUCCCACAUAUUGGUCAAUUUCUCCAGACCUCUCUAAAAAGAUCAAAGAUGCUCUCAAUGGUUCGGUUGGAUUUGCAAUUCACAGAGGCCUAAUUCCUGGAUUCAAAGAAUUCCUUUAUAAUAUUCAACCCAGCAAAUUUCCUGAUGACCCUUUUGUGAAAAGAUUUUGGGAAGAAGCAUUCUUCUGUAAGUGGCUAGACCCAGAAAGUCUGCAGUCAUCAUCAGCUAAAGAAAGGAGUGAUAUCUCACCAUGUACAGGGCAAGAGAAACUGGAGACACUGGACACCACAGUGUUUGAUGUGAAUAAUUUCAGAUUUACCUAUGGUGUUUACAAUGCUGUAUACUCAUUGGCAUAUGCCUUGUAUAAUCUGCAGAAAUGCAUACAGAGGGAAGGGCCAUUUAACAAUGGCAGCUGUGCAACACUCAGGAACUUCCAGCCAUGGCAGGUUUUACACUACAUGAAAAGUACCAGAUUUGUUAACAAUGGUGGUGAAGAGAUAUUUUAUGAUAAAUAUGGUGACUCCCCUGCAAUUUAUGAUAUUCAGAACUGGCAAGUACUUCCUGAUGGAUCUGGAAGGUAUGUCAAGGUUGGGGUGUACAACACUGGUGCCGAACCAGGUCAAGAACUUGCAAUCAAGUCUAGUGACAUCCUUUGGAGUAAAGACUUUGCAGAGACUCCUCGCUCAGUGUGUAGUGAAAGUUGUACUCCGGGACAUCGAAUGGUUGUCCAAGAAGGAAAGCCACUUUGCUGCUUUGAUUGCAUUCCUUGUCCUGUGGGUGAAGUUACCAACCAAUCAGAUGCCAGAGAAUGCUUAAGAUGUCCUGAAGACCACUGGCACGACACGCAGCACACACAAUGUAGGCCCAAAGUUGUGGAAUUUCUCUCCUAUAAUGAACCUUUAGGAGUGUCCUUGGCUUUUUUUGCAGUUUGCUUUUCUGUAGUUAGUGCUUUCAUUAUGGGACUAUUUGCUAAGAAUAGAGAAACUCCAAUUGUAAAAGCCAACAAUCGUGAAGUCAGCUAUCUUCUCUUGGUCUCCCUCUGCUUGUGUUUCCUCUCUUCCCUCAUAUUCAUUGGAGAACCUCAGAAGAUGAGCUGUUUGCUGCGUCAGACUGGAUUCGGCAUCAUAUUUUCUAUCUGUGUAUCUUCCAUUUUGGCAAAAACUAUUAUUGUUGUCAUUGCUUUCAAAGCCACUGUGCCGAACAGCAAACUAAGAAAGUGGGUCGGAAUGAGAACACCAGUCACAAUUAUUCUUUUCUGCUCCCUAAUUCAAGUUAUUAUUUGCACAGUUUGGAUAGCUAAUACUCCAUCUUUCCCAGAGAGAAAUACAAACUCAGAAGAUGGAAAGAUAAUACAUCAGUGUAAUGAAGGUUCUGUCACAAUUUUCUACUGCAUGCUGGGGUAUCUUGGUUUUCUAGCCUCUGUUAGUUUUACUGUUGCAUUCCUUGCAAGGAAUCUACCAGACAGCUUUAAUGAGGCAAAGUUUAUUACUUUCAGCAUGUUAGUGUUCACAAGUGUUUGGGCUUCUUUCAUUCCAGCUUACCUUAGUACAACAGGGAAGUACAUGGUUGCAGUAGAGGUAUUUGCAAUUUUGGCUUCAAGUUCUGGUUUAUUAGUGUGCAUAUUUUCCCCAAAGUGCUAUAUUAUUUUAAUUAGAAGUGAGAAGUUCACUUUUGAGAUCAGUCAUGCUGCAGGACUUCCAGUCCUGAGUGACAAAAUUCAGUUCCCAUCAUUCCUUCGGACUAUGUCAAGUGGAUAUUAUCAACCCUUUACUAUUGUGCAAUUCAUAAAGCACUUUGGGUGGACCUGGGUAGGGAUUGUUUAUGCAGAUAAUGACUUCAGUGUGCAAGGAAGUCAGCAGCUGAAAGCAGAACUGAACAGGAUCCACGUCUGUUUGGCCUUUUAUGAGAUCAUUCCAGUAAAUCCCAAAAGGAAUAGAAUAACAUUGCUUGUUGAUACUAUUGUGUCCUCAAAUGCAGCUGUAAUCAUGAUUUAUGCCUAUGCAACAGAGGUAGCACUUAUCAUGGAGGAGAUGAGAAGGCGGAAUGUAACAGGGAAAGUCUGGCUGGCUUCUUCAAGUUGGGUAACUGAUUCAAUUUUUUCAAAGAAGGAACUGUGGAGUAUACUAAAUGGUGUAAUAGGGUUCAUAGUGCCAGCUGGAUUAAUUCCAGGUUUUAAGGACUUCCUUUACAGUAUUCACCCUUUGAAAUACCCAAAAGAUAUUUACAUAAAAUCAUUCUGGGGUACUGUAUUCCACUGUUUGUGGAUUGAUAAUGUAACAUCUAGACUUCCUCCAACUGAAGGACACUCUGCUGAACCACAGUUCUGCACUGGUGAAGAGAAUCCUCAAACACUUGAUGAAAGCAUUUAUCCUGUCAGCAAUUACAGAAAUACCUACUGCAUGUUUAAUGCAGUUUAUUCAUUUGCACAAGCAUUGAAUAAUCUACAAUCAUGCAUGCCUGGUGAAGGACCAUUCGCUAACAGAACAUGUGCAGAGAGAAAAACAUUUAAGCCAUGGCAACUUCUGCAUUAUAUCAGGAAAGUCCACUUCAGAAAUAAAGCUGGGCAAGCAAUAUAUUUUGAUGAAAAUGGUGAUGUUCCAGCUUCAUAUGAAAUUAUCAACUGGCAGCUGAGAGCAGGGGGAGAAUCCAUAAACAAUGUCAAAAUUGGUAGAUAUCAACAACAACAAGAUGGACACCAAGAGCUCAUUCUAAAUGAGACUGUCAUUAUGUGGAGUGGAGGAUAUACUCAGACUCCUCAGUCAGACUGUAGUAAUAGAUGUCCACCAGGGUACCGUAAAGCUCCAGUUCAAGGAAUGCCUGUCUGCUGUUAUGACUGUGUACCAUGUUCUGAAGGAGAGAUUGCCAAUGAAACUGAUGCUACUAACUGUAUGAAAUGUCCUGACGACAGUUGGUCAAAUGAGGAAAAGGAAAUUUGCAUUCCAAAGCAGGAAGAGUACCUGUCCUUUGAGGAUCCUAUGGGAGCAGUACUGACUACAGUUUCCAUUGUAUUUGCCAUCAUCCCUGCAGCCACACUAUGGAUAUUUAUUAGACAUCAGGACUCUCCUAUUGUUAAAGCAAACAACCGCAAUCUCAGUUACUUCCUCCUUGUAGCUCUCAUUUUGUGUUUCCUCUGCUCCUUGAUAUUCAUUGGGAAACCAAACAACACAAGCUGCUUAUUGAGACAGUCUGCAUUUGGUAUAAUAUUUUCUGUUUGCAUCUCUUUCAUUCUAGCAAAAACUAUUAUUGUAUUUAUUGCAUUCAGUGUAAGAAGGCCGGGGGGAUUCUUGCAGAAGUGGGUUGGGACCAAGACACCAGUUUUUAUUGGCCUUUGCUCUACCACUCUGCAGAUCAUUAUUUGUACUCUUUGGCUUGGACUUUCAUCACCUUUCCAAGAAAAAAACACGAAAUUAUACAAUGAUAAAAUAAUAAUUGAAUGCAAUGAAGGGUCAGUUACCAUGUUUUAUUGUAUGCUCCUGUAUCUUGGGCUUUUGGCAAGUGUAUGCUUUGUAGUUGCCUUCUUAGUACGAAACUUACCAGACAGAUAUAACGAGGCAAAAUUCAUUACAUUCAGCAUGUUAAUAUUUGUUAGUGUUUGGCUUACGUUUGUACCAGCAUACCUAAGUACCAAAGGAAAAUACUUAGUUGCUGUGGAGAUAUUUGCUAUCUUGUCUUCUGGAUUUGGGCUUUUAAGCUGCAUUUUCUUCCCAAAGUGUUAUAUUGUAGUAUUAAGGCCAGAGUUAAAUAUUAAAGAAUCUGCAACACAGAACUCAUGCUAA